AUGGAUUAUGGAGAGGGUCUUGACUAUGGGAAACCGGACCAGAGGAACAGGUGGGACAAUGAGCAACGAUAUGUCCUCUGUUGUCUCUUUCGCUUUUUCAAGAGGACCCGCAUUGGUUAUAGAGAUGUUUUCAACAAAAUUUUCGAAAACCAUCUUAGAGGUCUCAAUAUAACUAAUGGACUGGCCGCUACUACCAUUGAUACACAGUGGCACGACAUGCGGAGACACGGGGACCCCAUAUGGAGCGAAGUCCACGUUAACACACCCUUUGAUAAACAAGGUGUCUGGUCUUACGUUAUCCAAAGAAUCAGAGAUACUGCUCGAGCCCACGGAAUGGAGUUAAAGGAGAAAGAAUUUGAUAAUAUUAAUACUUCAACCUUCUCCUUGAAAACCCGGCGAACCUUAAGUAGCCAGGGCCUGCGUGUACCGAGCAUUUGUACCGGGAAUGGCAGGGUUUGCUUCUGGUGUGUUUGUGAGGGUCAUCCACUCGUCAAUUCAGAGGUAAAGGCAGAACCUGAGUCUGAGCACAGAGAUAGACCAAAAUUACUCUGGAGAUGGUCUAAUGUUGAUUCUCAAGGAGUCAAUACACCAAAAGUCUUCCUCGCAGGCUAUUUUGCCGACACUGAUAUGUCCUAUCGAACUGCCAGUGACUUUUCCCAAACUGAAAUUGACUAUUUCAUUCGAAAUCAUGUUAGCAUUGCACAAAAUGCAUCCCCUUUAAUCUCAACAUUUAAAUCUCCUCGUGCACCCAUACACCGUGCACUCAGGGCCCAGGAAGGGGCAUUGAUUUCAAUAAUUGACCCUCUCCUCCUUGGUACAGAGCUAUUCUCUGCGAAGUAUCAAGUGAAGAGACUGAAAAUCCGAAUCAAAGGAUACGACGGACGUGGAGAAUGGUUGAUAUGGGGAAAAAUUCCCACACCAGCUGUUGUUUGUUCUUUCAAACUAACAAGAUUGAUGGCUAUCGUAAAUGAAGAUUCGGAAAUCAGAGAACGCCUGGAACUCGAGAAAAUGUCGACUCACCAAUACCUUCGUGGAUACCUAAAAGAAUUUUAUGGAAAAGGGCACGGAAAACUUGACCAUCAAUCUGGAUAUGCUAUCGGACGGCUCCUUGGUCAGUUGAAAGUUCCCCAAGGCUACUGCGAAGCUGUCGCAGAAAGCUUUGCGCGUUCUUUUGGUUUUAAGGUGAGAAAUGGCUCCUGGGAUGAGUACUUUAGAGGUACACAUGGUGCAUAUGGUAUGUCGGCUGCAACAUCUCCAGCUCUAGGAGCGAAUCUCCCCAAUACGCCGACGUCUUUAGAAACCAUAGAGACCGAUGAGCCCGAUGACGAAUGGACGAUCAUUGAGACCCCAUGCCCCCCAGAGCGCCGCUCAGUUCACACCGUUGCAGAAAGAAAUAUUAACAGGCUUAUCGACAGCCCGGUCACCAGCCCUGUUACCAGUCCUGCCGCCCCGAUGCCGGCUAUUCGCUUCUUUCGCCCUAUGCUACAGCGGUGGUCGACUGCACCUACGCAAAGUUCAAUGGGAACACCUUUGACAGAGAACAACUAUAGAGCAACUGACAAUGACAAUGUCAUUGUACUCGACGAUGAAGAUGACGAUGACGAUGAUGAGGAUGAAGACGAAAACGACGAUGACCACCAAGUGCUGUUGAGCGAGAUCACGAGCCCUAGGGAGAACCAGGGGCUACACGAUGUCUUUGCCUUUAACAGAGACCGCAUUUAG